GGCGAAUGCUGUGGACCAAUGAGCGCCAGUGUUUGAUGGCGAGCCUCAGUCGUCCUGCGUGUAAGCCCACCUUUAGUGAAUAGGAGGCGGUACUGUGAAUGUCCACAAAUGUUUUCUUGAAGUCCAGCGGAAACCUUGCAUGUAUGUGUGUGCUUUGUGUUUAGAUUCCCGUGUCAUGAAGAGAUUACUUCUGUUGCCAGACUGUUCGCACAGGACUUAUGGUGAACAAGAAUGAGAGGGACAGGAUGGCUGAGGUGGGGUGCAUUCAGUCCCGACAUUCGUACGGGUAUGUUUCAUGCGACUAUCGUGUACCCGGCGUGACAGAAAGGUGACAAACUCGCAGAUCUAUACUGACAAGGUAACUUAGUUGUUGCACUUGGAAAUGCCUGUGCUGGCCAUUGGGACUGAAGCACUGUGUUUUGACACCUGCUGGCGUUUCAGCUAGACAUCUCUCACGGCAAAUCGUGUUCUCAGGCUCACCGGGGUAAGACUUGAACAGCUUCACAGCAACUCUUGGCCACGUUGGAACCCUCGAUGAAUGGCUAGACUAGCCAUAGACUAUGGCCAGAAAGAAAAAUGGUUCUUACAAAGUUUCUGUCGCCACUGGUGUCAUCGGGUUUAUGGUGGGAGUGCUCUUGGCUAAUUGGUGUACUACAAGUCUACUUACACGAUGUGGAUUACCAGAUUUUUGUUGCCCAGCGGACUUGGCUGCGGGGGACGGGUCUGGUCAAAGAGAAGAACCAGAGGCAGAAGGACAGGUCGAAAGUCAGACAGCAAAGGACAGAGACUCUUUUGUAUUCGUUGGAAUCAUGACCGCCAAAAAGUUCAUAGACAAUCGAGGUUUGGCAUCGCAUCGCACUUGGGCAAGCAGAAUCAACGGCAAAGUAAUGUUUUUCUCCAGCGAGGGCUCCAUAUCAAAUUACGGGGUGCCAGUUGUCGCUUUACCUGGCGUGGACGACUCGUACCCUCCGCAAAAGAAAUCAUUCAUGAUGUUGAAAUACAUGCACGAUCAUUUCCUUGACAAGUACGAGUGGUUUGUUCGGGCGGAUGAUGAUGUGUUUAUCAAGGGCGAUAAAUUGGACCAGUUUCUAAGAUCGAUAAACAGCUCUCAGCCACGCUUCAUUGGCCCUGGAGUGGGCAAGCCUGAGGAGCUGGGUCUGCUGAGUCUCAAAGCCACAGAGAAUUUCUGUAUGGGUGGACCUGGAAUGAUUCUCAGUCGAGAAACACUAAGACGAAUGGCACCACACAUCGGCUUCUGCCUGCAGAACCUGUACACAACACACGAAGAUGUUGAGAUCGGUCGGUGUAUUCGUGAAUUCGCUGGUAUACAGUGCACAUGGGCAUACGAAAUGCAGCAGAUCCUAUAUCAGAACUAUAAGGAGGAUAAAGGAUCUUUCAAGAGUACCCUCAAAAGCAAAGAAGUGGAAAAAGCUGUGACCCUUCAUCCUGUGAAAGACCCAGAUUAUCAGUACCGCAUCUUUAACUACUUACAGUCCGUCAACAUCAUGAAGUAUCGGCAGCGAAGGGUUCAGCUGUUUCGUGAAAUGGAGCUGAUGAACCACAUGCUAGGUGGGUCUGCUGGGGCUAGUGGUGAAAGUGGACGAAUAGCGCAAACACCCAGUCUCAACAAAGUCCCAGCGCACAGAGCUGAAGAUGUUGUACCCUGGGAGUAUUACAGCAAGGCCAUCUUUUCCCAGUAUAACAACAACCCAAAACGAGCGAUGGAGGGUUCUUUGAGUGGUGCGCUGGAUGAUGCUGUCAUGCAGGUGAUGGAGCUGGUCAAUCUGAAUGCACGUCAGCGAGGACGAACAAUUGAUUUCAAAGAGAUUCUGUAUGGCUACCGACGAGUGAAUCCACUGUCAAGUGCAGACUAUAUUCUAGACCUUCUCCUUAUCUACCGUAAACACAAGGGACGUAAGAUGACCGUACAGGUGCGCAGGCAUGCUUAUCUGCAACAGGGUUUUCUGGAACUGGAGCUGACAGAGGAAAGCCCUGUAUUCCGCCCAAAAGCUUCAGUGGGUGAGCAUGUCCUACAGCUCUUCAAUCACAUGGCUGGUCGCAAAGAGUGGCCUGGUGCAGUUCAGGACAAGCGCAGAGAAACCAUUUACUUUGUUAUGCCCUUAGCAGGUCGAUUGAAGAUCUUCCAGCGUUUCAUGAACAACUAUGAAGAUGUAUGUCUCAAACGACAGGAAGCUGUGCACUUGAUCGUGGUCUUGUACAGACACCCUACUGAAGUGGAAGCUUUUCAGUUGUCUGUGGAUCUGUUAAAGGACUACCAGCGUCGCUAUGGAUCUGAUCACAUUGAGAUUGUCUAUGCUGAGGGCGCAUUCUCCCGAGGCAGGGGGCUAGAGCUUGGUGCAUCACGCUGUCAACCAGAUGCUUUGCUAUAUUUAGUAGAUGUGGACAUUAUGGUUAUGCCAGAGUCUUUGAACAGAAUUCGUCUGAGUACAAUUCAAGGUCGUCAGGUGUACUUCCCUAUUGUAUUCAGUCAGUAUGAUCCCGAGCCCCUAUGUAAGGAGUACUCACAGCACUGCCACUGUAGUGAUAAAGACAACUGCAUUGUGAUUCCGACGGACUUCAGCACUAUGACUGGGUACUGGCGGCAGUUUGGAUUUGGCAUAGCUGCCAUUUAUCGUUCAGACAUGGUUAACGUGGGAGGAUUCGACCUUAGCAUCCAGGGAUGGGGUAAGGAAGAUGUAGACUUGUACACCAAGUUCAUUGAGAGUAACCUGACCAUUUUCCGAGCUGUCGACCCAGGCAUGACUCACAUAUUUCAUGCCAUUUUUUGUGAAGCUAGUCUCGAGCCUGCGCAACUGAUUAUGUGUAAAGGUAGUAAAGCACAGAGUUACGGUGCCACCUCCUUGCUAGCCAGCAAGGUUUAUGCAAUCCCAGACAUUAUGCGACGACAUGAAAAGCAUGCUCUCAACAUUGGCAGAUGACCCCAACAUUUAUUUGACUAGCCACAGCAUCUGGGUUUGGAUUCAGAUUUGCACAACUGUUUCUUGUGCCUUUUUAGGGGUUUAUGUGAUGUAAAUAAACUUUGUCACAAGCUAAUUUUCAGCUUAGGUUGUCCGACUGAAAUAAGACUACUGUGAAGGGUCUUUUCCUGCCCUCCAAGUAGCAUGCAUGGGUGGCUCAAGGUAAGAACGUGGCACAUUUGCAAGAUGUUCUGUUUGAAAGUUCUUAUGUGAUUAUGACUGCUCUGCUUGAUGGUGUGCAGGAACAUCUCAGACAAAAAUGCAUAAAUUGGUGGUGUCUUGCAGAAUGCUUUUGCUGCAGUUAGUUUUGAAGCCAGUCUGGUUGAUUUUUUUUUUUUUUUGGUCAUAGAUGCGAUUGAAGACAUGAAGCACAAUUUUCAUUUUCUGAACUCCUGACCCCCCCCCCAGCCUCUAGCAGAACAAAUCUGUUUUUAUACAGAAGUACAACUUGACCAUUCAAUACUGUAUGAUCGUGUUUGCGUGCGGAUGACGAUACAUUUUUUUCUUUAAAUUUUCACACCACAUACGAUUUGUGAUAAUAUCUGGGAUGUGCUUUGUCGUGAUAAUCCAUCGUCACUGUUGCAGUUUGUCACAUUAUCACUAAUAACACAUCAGGCAGGGCGAGUCUGUUACCUCACACAGUUGAAUGCUAGCAAGUUUGUAUCCCACCAAAACAAGUUAGAAUGUAUCCAGCAGAAUGUAUUGUAUGCCUUUCCCCUGUCACAGCCUGCAUCAGGACACUACCCUGUCUGUUCCACUCUUUCCUUCUACCAAUUUCUUGUGAAGCAUUCCGUUCAUAGUUUCUCAAAUUCCACAAUCAUCAGAGUUUUCAGUGAUUUUAUUUUGUUUCUCAAGCUGAAAAGAGAGGGUAGCAAUAACUGCAAGUACUAUUCAGUCUGUAGGGAUCAUGGACAGAUUCAUAAGAAGUUCAUCUGUACGUAUAUCAAAUAGACAAGUAACUUAGGUCCCUGGUGUGCUCACUUUAAGAAAACAAGAAAUGUCUUUCUUACAUGGAACAGGGAAACUAAAUAGCAGGGGCCAUUAAACCAAAUUUUUUUUUAUGCUGGUAGCAUACUUGAGCUGACUAUUGUUGGCCGCUUAGAACAUUAAUAAGAGGCAAGGAUAACUAGCUGAUUAAUCAUAUCACUGACUUGGUAUAAUGAUGUUACUGUAAAACUUUUCCAAUAUAUCCAAAGUGCAUGGUUUUAAAUAUGCAGCUUGGUUAUAGAUUUCUUAAAGGAUCCAGAAACCAUAUUUUCUUGCACGAAGAAAACAAAAUGGAGGUUUGAAAGUACAUGUAUACAAACUCUUUAAUCAGUUCAAGAGGCUGUAAUCAUGUGCUGCUGGUAGCCUGCAGUGAAAGUAAGAGUUGAUGAAGAGCAGAUUUGUUAAACAAAUAUUUUGUUUACGGCAAUAGAUAACAGCUCAAAAUGAGUUAGCUGGAGUUUUAUGCUAUGUCAGCAGCUAAAUUAUCUCGCAGCGAGAGCUCAAAGUGAGGCUGGCAGCCUAAUGAUCCAUGACAAUAUGAUUCAAGUGGUUAGUCCAGAAGAGUUUUACCAACAGUUGUUGUGUGACCUCAACGCCACAGAGGACAAAAGCUUCUGCAAUUCCUCGUGACCAAUGGCAUGAGGACACAGCACAUACACUUUGAAAUAUGAAAAGAAAAGAAAAGGGUUUUAAUUUCUUCACUGCAUAUUCAAUAUAUAUAUAUGCAGUACACUGUAUAUGACAAUUUUUCAUGUAUUUUUUUGUGCUUUGUUUUAAAGGCGUUCUGUUCAGCUUUUCUAACUUCUCCAACAUUUUUAGCUGCAUCACUCAGUGUUAUUUUGACUCGAUAUUUUCAGUCUCUUUCUCCAAUAAAUUGCAGUGGCAGCCUCUUUCCUUUGUAAAUUUUUAUCACAUUUGAUGCCUUUGGAGUUAAUCCAACACCAUUUUUAAUGGUCUAAGGCAUCUUCAUAAAUAAUCCCUAUCUUUGAGGCGCCCUCUGGGAGUUUACAGUAACUUCUCUCGUAGGGAAAUAGAAUAAAGCCAUUUCUACUGCCUUUCAAGUAAAUAUGCCUUUUUUUAAAUCACAUAGUGCAUUAGGAUGCACUGUAACUUCUUGAUGUCAGAAAGGUCAAUUUGUUCAAGAAUUUUAAUGUAGGUAAAUGUCAAAGGCAAUUUUUAUUGGGGAUUAGGUACUUCUUGUAUUGCACUGUGACAUUGACAUGUUAAAAUUAUAGGAAUAUUGAAAAAUAUAGUUUCUGCAAUUGAGUAAGAGUGAUCUUUGAGUGGCAAACAUAUCACAUGCAGGUCAUGAGGGUGUAUUUUUGCCUCUUGAAAAGAUGGUUUUUAAUGUACAUGGUUUUUUGUUGUCAGAGAAAAUGAGGUAUUUUCUUGGGUUGUGACAUCGCAGUGUGUACAGGCACAAAGUGCGCUACAAGGGUUCUGUCACUGGAGUGUGUGUGCAUGCACAAAGUGCAUUACAGGGUCACCUCUUGUUUUCUGAGUCAACACUGCUGCUCACCUGAUUUUAAAGAUUUAUUAGUGGCUUAAAUAACAUACAUUAGGCAACACCAUGCAGUGAACAGUCAUACUAGUAACCUUUCAGAAUUAAGUGCCAAGAUUUCUAUGUUCAGAGCUCCAUAUUGCUUUCAGGACUUCUUUUACUUAUAUAUUUAUUCUUAACUAAGACAGUUUUUUGCAGAAAAAGGUAACUAUAUAAAACUUAUUAAUGAAUUUCAAAAAUAUAUGCCUUGUUCUUAAAAUCUGUUGUGAGCUUUUCUGUUAAUUUUGUGUAGUUCCUGGAUAUCUUGCCCGGAGUUUGAUGUCACACCAGUCAGGCUAUCCUGCAGUCCCAUAAACUGAGACAUUUUGUAAAUCAUCGGUCUACUUAUUGAUCAUGAUAGUCAAGUUUUGCUACCGUGACAUGGUAUCUAACAUUGGUAAAUCCCUUCCAGUGCCACAGAAGCAUCAUACAUUUUUUUAAAAGUGCACUUCCACCUUUAUUAAGGAUUUUAUCAGGAGCAUUUUUUAUUGAAGUGUUGUUAAUUUGUUAAGAAAAUGUAAUUGCAUAUAAUGCUAUUGUGUCUUGUCUUCAUUAGGUUUGAAUGAUUGUGUUCUGCAUAAAUGUUUGAUAUUGCAUCAUUAGCUGCUGCAUAUUACAAUUUUUAAUGCAUAAAUAUUGGUGCCGGUUUUUACAUUUUACACUUAGAUUGAUAUCUAUGUAAAUAUAUAUUUUUAGCAAAGAUGACUUACACCAUGACAUUUCAGAGCACACAACUUUUUGCAAAAUGAGAGAAAAGCUUUCAUGGUUGCUGCUUUAAAUAAUUUUAAGAUACUUCAGAAUGUUUGUAUUGCAGUAUUUUACAACAAUAUUUCAGUAGCGUCAUGAAGAAAAUGCAUGUAUGCAAUGAAAAAUGUUUGUUUGAGAAAAAGGUGAAUGUGCAGCACACUUGAAUGAAAAGGCAUGCUUGCUGGCAUAUUGCAGUCAGUGUGCUUAAGCUCCACAAGACACAAGAUUCAGACCCCAUGUCCGGGGCCAACUCUAUGCAUGAACCCAUUUUUGUAUACACAGCAAAACUGUCCAUAAAAUACAACGAAAUGGGUUGAUCUUGGGACUGCUUUAUUUGUUAUGGUUUACCAAAGGUCACAACUGAAGUAUUAAAUGUAUUUAGAUGAGAUGGGAUACCAGCUGCAUUGAUGCUGGAGGAUCAGAGGUGAGGAAGAAGACAGCGGUGUUUCGGCUGCUGUCUGCUGUGUCUUGUUGUGACCACCUUGAUGUUCUGAGGUGACAGUGACUGUUGUAGCCAUGUCGAACCAUGUCACUACUGCCCUUUUUGCAGAUGUUUUUGUGAUUAUUUUCUGUCAUCUGCAGCCAUUCAGCAGCAAGUGCUGUGCAUCUCACUAAAAGCAGUAUGGCAGAAAAUGGAAAGAUGCAUCAUUAUCUUUUAUCUGCUCAAAAUUUAAUGUCUCAUAUUGUUGUUGGUGAUGUUGAAAGUUGGCAUGUACUGUCAAAACUAUGUAUUUUUUUCCUUUGUGCCUUUAUGCCUAAAAGUAUGAAAGGGAUCCCUCCUGCCUUUCUGUCAGUUCCUUCCUUUACCAUCCACCCACCUUAAAUUCUAAUGGCAAAGAGAAAGUAUAUGUGAUACUGCAGGGCAGUGAUUGUGCCAAAAACUUUCUGCAUGUUGUGUGGUUUGAAAGGGAGGCUUAUUGCCUUGACACACUUGACACACUGGGCUGCUAGUGUUUAGUAGAAACAUUAUGGCAAGACAGCUGGGCAGUUAGAAGAACUCUGCCUUGUAGCCAGCUGUGUGUGGCUGUGCAGACAUCUUGUAGUAAGCUGUUUCUCGUGCUGGCAUAAGGCUUAUCAGUGAUGUCAUUUUUUAAAACAUUUUUUUUUAAGGUCACAUUAAUACAAAACUUCCAAAAAUGUUUAAUCAAAUGUGAAUGCAAUGUUUUAACUUCUGUUUUGACUGUGAAAGUGAAUUGACUUUUGACCUUCCAUGAGAUGUAGGAUGAUAAAGUGGCUUUUAAAACAAAUCGUUACAAGGAGUAAAAAAGUUUACUUGUUAAAAAUUACAGGUCACAAUGUAACUUUGAAUGUGAAGGGCACCGAACAAGAACGGCAACGUGGCAGUAACAACGAAACAUUCAAGGGAGUCACGUGAUGGGUGGAACUCACGACUCCACAUGUUUCUUUGUCCCACAGUCGUCGUCGUCGUCGUCGUCGUCGUUUCUGUCGGUAGCGUUUCCAGAAAGUUCUGAUGUGCACAAUGAUUGUAAGAACAACUUAAGCAGAGACCCCUUCUCAUAAUCUGAUUGGUCUUUGAGUAUUUUUCCUGUUUUGAACCAAAUAUUACAUAGCCUGUCAUUUGUGUAACUCUUCUGUAGAGGUUGUCUUUAUAGAAAACAAAAAUCACCGCGGUGUCGGUUUAUUCCACUCGUAACAGAUACAUCCUCACCGGAGGCUCCUGUACGGUGCUAGCAGUUUACUCCCACCUCCUUGCGAACGUGUUCUCUCCUCCCCCACCCGGGACUCGCCUCCCCCACCCGGGACUCUCCUACUGUCAGACCAGAGAAAGCAAGGCCUAACACAAGUCGUUCAAGAACGAAACCCAAGAACAGGAUGGAAUUCGGUGCCUCAUUUUUUGUGAGCUUGCACCGAACUGGAGGCUGUAGAAAAACGUGGAGGCUGUAGAAAAGGGAGACGAACCACCGCAGUGUGGGCCCGUAAUUACGAAGCGACGGUAAGUCGUUGCCCUGAGGGUAAGAUGGGGAACUCGGGGACACAAGUGUCUGGUCUCCAUAGUUAUUGAGCCACAAAGACAUUCACGCUUCUCAGAUGUAGCUUUAUUCCUGGGGGCAGUAGUCAUACAGUAGUGGUAAAGAUGCCCAAUGGUCAAGUAAUAGAAAAUAAGUUUUGUACACUUCACAACUCUGGACAAGACGCUUGCCCUUGUUUUCUCCCCUCCCCGCCUUCUGCGCUUUGCCCCCUGGGAAACACUUUACAGGUUACAGCUACAAUCCCGGAGGUUAGCAGGUCCAAGGGUCGGAUCGCAGGUGAGGUCUGGAGUGAAGCCCAAGUUGUUCUACCCACCAAAGAUUGCUGUUGGCUAGUGUGCAUGGAGGUGUACAGAAUGUCUGAAGUCGUCGGUCAAGUGACAAGUCGAUUGUCGAGACUUAGACGAGUCGACUUGCGAUUUAAGACUUGUUGUCGAGACCUGGCAUGCACCUCCGCCCAGGAGGCUGGUCUCAGAGUGCAAGCCAAACGGUUUCGGGGUUCGCAAAACACGGAGUGCGAGAAAUCCAGGAUCUGUUACAGCCCCGGGAGCUGGGCUGGGAAAGGGUUACAAUAAACAAGAUAUUCGCACAGAAAACAAGUUGCUUACGAGGUGUGUCACACAGAAAACUACUUCUGAUCAAAUCACAAGUACCCGUCGUACAGGGCAUCUGUUUGAGGUGGUCCUUUGUAUCCUGAUGAUUUGUUCCGACAACAGCCAAUUAUCAAAGUAAUGAGGUUUAUACAUACUCUUUUUGCUCCGUUUCCGAAAAAAAAUUGAACAAAUAUUUUACUUGACGAAUAUGUUUUGUAGAGCAUUGAGUGCUUUCUAGGGUAGAGUGUUGUUGGUAACAUUAUAGAUGGUUAUCUUCGGUCAACAACACCACUGUGAAUGUGAUACAGCGGCUGAGUGCCAACUGAGAUCAUGUGUCGGUGAAGGCGGUUAUUUACUCGUGUCAGCUCGGUGUCAUGUCUCAGGUCAUGUCAGUCAAUCGUAGGAUCUGUGGCAGUUGUUAGCAGUGAUGCUAAGAAUAAAAUGUCAUUAAUUUUUUAACCGCUUCUAUUCCUCUUAAAGUGAACGAAAGUAUUGUCAUCAUAAGUCAAUGUGUCAUUGUAACACUAAAUAUAACUUGAAAUUGGGAGCGAUUUUGUAAACAAACAAGUUAUUUUGCCGAGGGAUGGACGAACUUGUAUUUUCAUCAGGGUUAGGUGACGACGCUGACGAUAAGGACACCUACUGACCCUUUUAUCCCGGGCGGUCAGGCAGACGAGGGCAGGCUGGGCGAGCUUUCUUUUUUAAUUACUUUUUUUGCAUGGGAUGGCGCAGAUUGUCCACAAUACCUCCACCUUAAAUCUCAUUUUGCUCAUUUCCAUCGCUCCUGCUGGGAAAGCAAUGGAAUUGGGGUGGAGGUGGUGGAGGAGAGAGUUUAUUCUAGAAGGAAAGCAUUGUAGGCAGGGCGGACUAAACACGCUGUUUUUGUCCUGUCUUUCCCGUCUGCCGGGUAUUGCAGGGUAGGUGUGGUGCUGAAUGUGUGUGGCAGUUUGAUAAUAUUGACGGAUAUGACGAUGGUGUGGAGCUGGUGCUCAGUGGAGGUGUCAGAGGUGGGAGGAGCGUGAGUCUGCACUGAGCGCACUUCACGCCAGGCCGACGAGGCCAGUGUUGUUUUUUUUUUUUUUUUUUUUUUUUUUGUAAACGCUCGAGAGGAUAUUGUUGCUUGUUUUGUGAGAAAUCCACCUAAAUCGUUCUUUCACUCGUUAAAACUUCAGCCUGGCAUGGCUUGUUUAAGUUAGGAAUUCUUUUCAUUUGAGAAAUCCCGUCGGCGGUAACAGGCAGCAGCUGCCACCGUUAAUAUCCCUCACUUGUUUUUUCCCCUCGGGCAUCCUGAAACAAUCUUAUUACGGCGACUGCACCCCCACAGCCAUCCCCCGCUCCUCCCUCCAUUCCCAUCUUAACAAACUCUCCUCCCUCUUGGAGCACCUUCCCACCAGAAAACAAUGGGUCGCAAAUGCCUGUGUUUUUCCACCGGAUUUUGUGGGUUUAAAAAAAUUGUCUUGUGGAGGUCGAGGUGGCUUUGCAUACAAUUGAAAUGUUGCCUCCUUUCUUCGCUGCUGCCACCCACCUCGUGUCUAGGAUGAUGGGGAGGACUGAGGACUUUGUGUGAACUGAUGCGUAACCUGAGGGCACAAGUUUGUAAAUACUGAAGAGCUUAGAUGCUGAGAUCAUUUUGCCUCUGGGUUUGUGCUUGUAAAGCAUUUUUGGUGAAAGUGUUUUUCAUGAAACUCUCCUGUGUGUGUUUAGUGUGAUGAUGAAUGCUGUGACCAAGUUCUGCAUGUUGUAGUUCACUGAGCAGGGAGGUGGUGGCUGGUGUGAGGUGGUCACCCGAGAAAUCCGUGUGUGUGAUGCUUGAAUGGGAUGCUGCUGUCAUGUGUCACGUGACAUUAUAGCAAAUGCUGCUGACUUGGAAAUGAUUGGAUUUUUUUUUUCUCAAGAAGUUACACUUGAGUUUGAAAAUCAAAGAUUAAAUAUAUUUAUUUCUGUAAA